AUUUUGUUUAUAUCUUUAAGAUUUGGUUAAGACAAAAAGUACAAAGUUGUUUAGCUGGAUUAAAUUUAAACGUUGUGGAAGUUAUUUACUUGCAGAAAUGGAGUGACUUCACAGUGGAUGAUUAGCUAAGUUAGAGGAUCGGUUUAACCCAUUGUAGCUGUAAGAAGAGUGGGUGGGAUAUUUUGGCAAGGUGCAUACCGGUAUUUGUUUGUGUUAUGGAUAUAUGGUACUUUAUACUUAUCUAAUAGAACUGUUUUUAUCUCUGGUGAAAGGAUCUUGUCUUGUUUAAUGAACAUUAUUGUUCUAAGAUACGAAGAAACGGCUUGGACAAGAUAUCUGUGAUAGGAUUAUAUAUUAUCAGUGUAAAUAGACUUUAAAAUGUGGAGACCUAUGAUUUUAGUGACUGUCAUAGCCAUGGCAAUGGUGGUGAAUUGUGUAAAUGUAUUCGAUCCGGAUAAUAUCAAAUGUUGCGAGUGUAAAACUAUGAUGCCAAUAAUAUCGAAAGAUGUUGACCCGCAAAUUCUUCCUUCACCAUUUAUUAUAAAAGUAGCACCAAAUACUAGGACAUAUACUCCGGGUCUAGAUAUCAAUGUAAAUUUAACAUCUAUAGACGAGAAUCGAGAAUUUCGUUCAUUUAUGAUACAAGCUCGUAGAACGGACCCAUCUCGAAACAAUGAUGAGCCAAUUGGAUCUUUCACAUCUCUAGAUCCCAUUGAUGCCAUUCAGAACUGCGGCAGUACAUACGGGUCAGCAUUAGUGAGUGCAGUAUCGAAUAUCAAGCCCAAAUCAAAUGUACGUCUGGUAUGGAAUCCUUACAGUAGCUUUCAGGGACAUGUCGAAUUCAGGGCAACAUUUGUAGAAGAUGAGAAUUUGUUUUGGGUGAAAGAGAAGUCUGAACCUCUGUAUGAUCCCAAUGCCCCAUUGCCACCUGAGCUUCCACCAAAAUACAUCCUCCCCCCUAUUGCUGGCAUAGAUAUCACUGGCUGUGGAUCUACUAAGGGCUGUUACAGGGUCCCCGAGGAUUGUCUCGAGAUUGAAUGUGAAUAUAUCUUCACCUGGCAAGAUAAGGGGUCGUAUAUGGUGUUUGAGAUGAGCGCACUUACUGAUGGAUUUAAUGAUAGAUACUUUGCUGUCGGCUUUUCUGAUGAUAUUUAUAUGGGCAAAGAUAUGGUGUUUGAGUGUGUUCACAAUAGCACAAGUGAAAAAGUUGAGGUUUUCCAAUCAUACAACCAGGAAAAUGACAACAAAAAUAUUCGACUUACCAAACCGAAGUCUGGUAUAAAAUUUGAAGAGGGUUCUUACAACAGUGGUCGUCUGAGAUGUAGAUUUCACAAAACAAAGAGGGUGGUUGAAGCAGAAGAUUUUGAUUUGACUGAAGGGACUUAUCAUUUGCUCAUGGCUAGAGGUCCCUCCUCUAAUGGCCACCUUAAGCGCCAUGGUUUGACUGUGGGUCAUCUACCAGCUGCAUCCCCGGACGAAGUAGAUAUACUUGUAUAUGGUGAUAUAUCUGGCAGAGCGAGAUAUCAUCUUGUCAAAGCUCACGCAUGUUUGAUGUUGCUGGCCUGGGUUUUCUUUGCCCCAAUUGGUUUGAUCUGGAUGAAAUACUACACAACAAUGUGGCCAAACAGCAGGUUCCUCGGAGAAAAAUACUGGUUUGUGGCACAUGCUAACUGUACAUUUUGGGUAGUAUUGCUGGUUCUUAUUGGUGUAAUACUCAUCUUUGUAGAAGCAGGUGGUUGGAGCAAGUUUCCAGACCUGCCCCAGAAAGCACAUCCUAUAUUGGGAAUCAUCGUCUUCAUCAGUGUGCUUGUUAUUCCUAUCAUAGCUAUAAUACGAUGUCCCGAGACUCACACCUGCCGACCUGUAGGCAACUGGUUCUACUGGUUAUUCUGGACCAUUGCUUUCUGUCUUGCCAUCCCAAACAUAUUUAUUGGUAUGGAGUUUGGUAAGGCCAUGGUACCGUGGUGGUUGACCUGGAUCCUCUGUAUAUUCUUCCUGUUUAACUUCAUCUGCGAGGUGAUCCUUGAAGUACACCAGUGCUGCACUCACAAGAGAAACAAAGAGCGAAGGAAAAAGUGGGAGCUGCAAAAGAAAGAGAAUCCAAAUGCCCACAUUCCCGAGCCAUGGCCUGUUGGAAGGAAUUUCAAGCGCAAUGUACUCUUAACUCACUUCAUAGUGUGCCUGAUAGUGGUCAUCAUUUCUGUCAUUGUUGUAGCUGUAUACUAGGAUGGUACGCCAGUCUAGAAAUGUAUGCAACCUGUGUGCCAGUCUGAGAUUAUCAACAUCGCCAUAGCAACUGAGAGUCCAUAAAUGCUGCAAAAGUUGUUUUUUAACCGAAAUACACAAAUUGAUGUGGAAUAAAGAAAGUGUGAUUGGAAUAUUGUAUAUUUCUAACAAGAAUUUCAUGAAAGUUUGGAUAUAAGCAAAUAUUUGAUUUAGAAAAAAAGAUGGAUAAAAAUAUUGCGUAGAGAUAUUUACCAGUUUUUGAUGGAAUACAAGAAAAUGCGACUAAACUUGCAUGUACCGCAGUUAGUGCUUAUGUGAAUUAUGCUUUGCAAUAGUGGUGCUUAUUACCUUCAUUCAUCUACGCUGUAUGCUUGAAACAACAGUCGAGGUUAUUUCAGUCAUUAUGUAUUUAUGAUAAUUCAUAAUGUUAAAUAUUGUUUAUUUUUUCUAUUGCCUCAAUGACUACAGUGGAUAUCCUUUUAAAGACAAGGUUUCAUGUUUCAAGUUUGGUCUUAUUUCGAACAAAAAAUGUUGAAAAUAUUUUUUUUAGCCAUGCCAAAGUGCUGAGUAUUCUCCCAAAUGUCAGAGGCUGUAAAAUGCAGCUUCAGUUUACAUAAAUUUUAAAUUUUGUUAAUUAUUAGCUGGCCUGAGUGCAGAGUGUUCAGGUUGAGCUAUUGUGAUCUCCUUGUGUUUGUUUGGUGUCAUUGUCAACAGUUUUACAUUUUUAGGUCAGUCUUAAUGGAACUUGGUCAGAAUGUUUGUGUCAAUGGAGUCUCUGAUAAGUUAAAUAUUGUGUCAUCUUGGGUCAAAAACUAGGUCAGACCAGAAAGAUGUGUUAAUGCCCUUGAUAUCAUGUAUUCCUUCUCAUUCAUUUAUUUGUCUUAAUGAAAUCUAGGUCAAGACAGAUACUUUGUUAUCUGUGUUCAGAAACUAGGUCAGUGGGUCAAAGAAGUUAAUACUCUAAAGGUUACAUUUUCUAACUGUUCUACAUGAAACCAAGUGAGAACAUCUUUUUGAAAUUUUGUCAGGAUUGAAACUGGGUCAUCUGGGGUACUCUGGUGAGUGAAUACCGUGCCAUCGUGGCCAUCUUGUUUUUAAGAGUAAUCUAUAGAUAUGUUUUUUUUUUGUUUUGAAAUAGCAUGUUAUAAAUGGUGCUAGAAUAUAUCUGUCAUUAUUCAUUCUAGUUCUUAGGCUCAAAGUCAGGACAUUUCUGAAAUCAUAUUUCAAGGGAAGGUUAGCUCCGACCAUUAUCAUACAAAGAUUUUAGAUUAUACAGUCUGGUACAUAUUUCAGUGGAUAGAAAACUUAGAAAAAAUUAUCUCUACUAUUAAGUGGUUUUAUUUUCACCAGAAUUACUCGAGCCCCAUCUUUUUGAAUUGUUAAUGUGAUAUGCUGGAUUUAUGUUAUGUAAACAGUGUGCUAUAUA